AACUAGAACCAUCGUCAUUAUUUCCAUCUUGCUCAUAUAACAAUGCACGGUUUUUGGUUUCUUUUGGAUUGUAUUUUUCUAUUUUCCUUCGCGACUUGUCUUGUCCAGUGUAAAAAGUCCGAAAAAAAGAAGUUCCGAAGUGAUAAGAAAGCAAAACUAGUCGGUCCAAAAACGGCAACGUCUCAAAAGUCUGUGAAAGAUGUUCAUUGCCCUGUUUCCCAAGCUCCUCCAACAUCGAUGCCAAUUGAAAGCACAACUGGAAAAGCUCCUGAUGACACGUUGGCAAACGUUGUCUCGAUUCAACCGGACUUUUCGACUGGAGCUCCACCAAUUCCCGCACAGUAAUACCUGAAUAAAUAUUUAUGAAUUUGU